AGUAACAUGGGUUGGGCGUAAACAAUGAUGUGAAGUAGCGGAGUUUCUUUAACCAAUGAUUAAAAACAUUGGUUUCAAUAAUAUGAAAUCCCAUUUUAUUUAGUAACAGUAGGUAGUAGGUUGUAUGUGUUUUGCGUAUACAACGACCAUCCAAAAGAAAAUACAAAAAGAAGGUAGAAAAUUACUGCACAAAAUUAUUACAUCACUUUCACCGUAAAACAAUCUCAAAACCCCAUUUGAGCAGUUUGACGUCAAAAUGGAAGAAGACAUCCUGACUACCCUGAAAAUUCUCAUUAUAGGUGAAAGUGGUGUAGGGAAAUCCAGUCUUUUGCUGAGAUUUGUAGAAGACAAUUUUGAUCCGGAACAGACUUUAACAAUAGGCGUAGAUUUCAAGACGAAGAGGAUGACGAUAGACGGAAAUACAGUAAAAUUAGCAAUCUGGGAUACGGCUGGCCAAGAAAGAUUCCGAACAUUGACUCCUUCAUACUAUAGAGAUGCCCAGGGAGCUAUUCUAGUCUUUGAUGUGAGCAGUUACUCUAGUUUUUCAAAAUUAGAAGUAUGGUUAAAUGAACUGGAAACAUAUUCUACCAAAAGUAAUAUUGUCAAAAUGAUCAUCGGAAAUAAAAUUGAUGUGGACAGACGUGAGGUUACAAGGGAAGAAGCAAUGAGGUUUGCUCGAAGGCAUCAGACUCUUUAUAUAGAGGCCAGCGCGAAGACCAAAGAUGGUGUACAUGUUGCUUUUGAAGAAUUAGUCCAUAAGAUAAUCCAAACACCUGGCCUAUGGGAAAAUUUUGGCAGUGAUCAUAUUCAUGUAGGAGUUUUGGAGAAUGCCACACAGUCAGGGUGCGCUAGUUAUUGUUCUCUAGUUUAGGUAAUUUUUGAUACCGAAGCCCAAAAAAAAUAUUUUUCACAUUUACCUACCUGUCCUUAGUCCUUCAUUGAUGGUGCAGCAUAUUAGAAAUGUACGAUUAUAUUUUGAUUUAUUUUUAUAUAGUGUGUAUGUUUGUAUAUAAUGUUUUUGAAGAUGUUCUUUCCAAAAUCUCUCCUAAAGAUAGACCAUUAUUAGAUAUUGAUAAUCAUUAUGUACUAAAAGUAUAUACAAAAUGUUUAGCUAUCUUAGUUCUUUGGUUCUAUGGAGUACUUUACCUGCAUAUGGAACAAAAUUUGGGAUAGCAGUCAUAUUUUCAAGUUCUUUUAAGAUCAUUUUAGCAAUAUUUAUGUAUUAUGCACUAGUAAUAUCGGAUAUUACAGUUGCUUUUAUAGGAUAAUAUAUAUUUGAUGUAUUUUUAAAAUUACUGUGUUAUGAAAUUAUAUUUUGUUUGAUAAUAUGUAAUAGGUAAUGGGACUGGCUUGUUACUGUUUUUACAAGAAAAUAUUCACAAUCUGCUUCCUUCAUUUUUAUAAUCUAAUCAUGUCUGGACAGAAUCGGGAAAUUGUAAUUGUAAAAAUGAAUAAGUUUUCUUUGCAUCAGUGCAUUUUUACCAGGCAGAGUAAUCAUUCACAAACUCACUAAUACCUAUUACUAACAAUCUCUCUUGUAACACGUAAUAAACCAUAGGAAAUGAAUCUUGGCUUUGAUCAUUGACUGGCGUGAUGACCCAUAAU